ACAUCCAACCCGCGAAGAUCACAACAAACGACAUUUAGCAGCGAUCGAAGACGGAACAUAAACGGGAAACCAAAACAAUCAAGCAAGCAAGCAAAUCGUAGCAGAUCUGUUUUAGUGAAUUUCUUGUGGCCAACAACUAUAAAUAAAAAAAGGAAUAAAAAUAAUCUAGAAAAUUCAAAUUGAAAUACGAAAAAUCGAGCAAAAGUUCUUGUGCAAGGCCAACGAAAAAAGGAGAAUUUUCGUGCGCGUUGAAAAAAUACAGGAAUUAAUUUUUAUUAUCUAACAAUUUGUCAAUUAUCUCUGACGCUGUGGAGCUGCAAAAGGAUAAAGCCCUUGAAUUCCUGCGCGUUUUGGCCUUUGUCCUUUUGUUUUUGAUAAUUUCACUAUAUCUCUAUCGUUUUACGUUCUAAACGGCAAGGGGGGCUCUUUAACAUCCCAAUAGACCCCGAAUUUUUCGCUUUAAACGUUUAAAAAAGGCACAAACGAAAAGCUUGUUUUUGCGGUUGUAAUGGCUAAAGUUCCGGCUGUUGGCAUCGACUUGGGCACCACCUAUUCAUGUGUUGGUGUCUUUCAGCAUGGCAAAGUUGAAAUCAUUGCCAAUGAUCAAGGCAAUCGUGUCACCCCCUCCUAUGUGGCUUUCACUGAUACGGAACGUUUGAUUGGUGAUGCUGCCAAAAAUCAAGUGGCUAUGAAUCCGAAUAAUACCAUUUUUGAUGCCAAACGUUUAAUUGGUCGCAAAUUCGAUGACAUCACGGUCCAGAGUGACAUGAAACACUGGCCCUUUGAGGUGGUGAGCGAUGGUGGUAAGCCAAAAAUCCGCGUGGAAUAUAAAGGCGAGAAGAAAUCCUUUUUCCCUGAGGAAGUAUCAUCAAUGGUUUUGACCAAAAUGAAGGAAACUGCCGAAGCCUAUAUGGGUCGCACUGUAACUGAUGCCGUAAUAACCGUGCCAGCUUAUUUCAAUGACUCGCAGAGGCAGGCUACCAAGGACGCUGGUGCCAUUGCCGGUUUGAAUGUGUUGCGUAUUAUCAAUGAACCUACUGCAGCGGCUAUUGCCUAUGGCUUGGAUAAGAAGGGCACCUCGGAGCGUAAUGUUUUGAUUUUCGAUUUGGGUGGUGGUACCUUCGAUGUUUCCAUUCUAACCAUUGAGGAUGGCAUUUUUGAGGUUAAAUCCACUGCGGGCGACACCCAUUUGGGUGGUGAAGAUUUUGACAAUCGCAUGGUUAAUCAUUUUGUGCAAGAAUUUCAAAGGAAACACAAGAAAGACCUGUCCACCAACAAGAGGGCCUUGAGACGUUUGCGCACCGCUUGCGAGAGGGCCAAGCGGACUUUGUCCGCCUCCACCCAGGCCAGCAUUGAAAUUGAUUCGCUGAUGGAUGGUAUUGAUUUUUAUACCUCUAUUACCCGGGCCCGUUUUGAGGAAUUGAAUGGUGAUCUGUUCCGUGGCACCAUGGAACCGGUGGCCAAGGCUUUGCGUGAUGCCAAAAUGGAUAAGGGUCAGAUACACGACAUUGUUUUGGUGGGUGGUUCCACGCGUAUACCCAAAGUCCAGAAGUUAUUGCAGGACUUUUUCAAUGGCAAAGAUUUGAAUAAGUCCAUUAACCCCGAUGAGGCUGUGGCCUAUGGCGCCGCAGUGCAAGCAGCCAUAUUACAUGGCGAUAAGUCUGAGGCUGUCCAGGAUCUUUUGUUGUUGGAUGUAACACCACUGUCAUUGGGUAUUGAGACAGCCGGCGGUGUUAUGACUGUUUUGAUAAAACGCAACACCACCAUACCCACGAAACAGACCCAGGUCUUCACCACCUACUCGGACAAUCAACCUGGUGUGUUGAUUCAGGUCUUUGAGGGUGAACGUGCCAUGACCAAGGAUAACAAUAUCUUGGGUAAAUUUGAAUUGAGUGGCAUACCACCUGCUCCCAGGGGUGUGCCACAAAUCGAGGUGACCUUCGAUAUUGAUGCCAAUGGCAUCUUAAAUGUCACUGCUGUUGAGAAGUCCACGAAUAAGGAAAACAAAAUCACCAUCACCAAUGACAAGGGCCGUUUGAGUAAAGAAGACAUUGAACGCAUGGUCAACGAUGCCGAAGCCUAUCGCCAUGAGGAUGAGAAGCAACGUGAACGUGUUAAUGCCAAAAACUCGCUUGAAUCCUAUUGUUUCCAAAUGAAAGCCACGCUCGAUGAUGAGAACGUACGUACGAAGGUAUCGGAUUCGGAUCGUCAAAUGAUUAUGCAGAAAUGCAAUGAGACCAUUUCCUGGUUAGAUGGCAAUCAAACAGCCGAAAAGGAUGAAUACGAAUAUAAACAAAAGGAAUUGGAAAAGAUUUGCAAUCCGAUAAUAACUCGUCUCUAUCAGGGCGGUGCUGCACCACCACCAAAUGCUGGUGGUAUGCCUGGAGGAGCUGGUGCUGGGCCAGCACCUGGUGGUUCUACUGGACCUACCAUUGAAGAAGUGGAUUAAAAUGUGGAAAAUGGAAGAGGAUGCGAAUGGUUGCUGAUGACAAAGAACUAAUGUCGUUUGUGGAAUUUUUUUGUUGU